AUGGGAGUUGGAGUCCAGCAAAACCUGGAGGGCCACCAGUUGGCCACCCUUGCUUUACAGGAGGAGUGGGGGGGGGACCUUGGUCCUGGGGGCCAAAUGCGACCCUCUGGACAUCUCUGGACAUCCGCUCCCCAGGUGGCAUCCCUCCCUGGCCCUACUCUCAGGCCUUUCCCCCAGGAAUUGCGGCUCCACGGUGAUAAUGCGUCUUGCUGGCCUGGGUGGUAUAUGGAGAGGCAUGUGCCUGGAACACAGCCUAGCUACGAAUAUCAGAGGCUGGCUCAUUACAGCAAAUGGGGCAACUUCAACUUACCCUCACCUUCCUGCCUGCCUUCUUACUUACGGCCAGUCCAGGGAACGGCCCUGCCUAUCAUCUUCCUCCUGUGUAGUCUCAGUGUUGUAAAACUCAGCAGGGAGGAAGACGAGGAUAUGACUAAACUGGAUUGGUGGGUUCAAGCUGUGACAUUGGUUCUGGCUUCACUGUUGGGCUCCUUUGCCUUCCACCUCCCCAGUCCCAAUGGGCACCAGCCACCGCUGUGGACAAAGCUAAGAGCCACAUCUGUCUCUCCAACCACGUUUUUUACAGCCCCCCCCCCAUUCACCAUUGGCCCGUGGCCCCAAGAAGGCAAUGUGUAA